UCCUUUCUCUAUCACAAUAUGUAUUCUCCUACCACCUUCUUCACGAUCACGCUGAUCGUAGCAGCAAACCUGAUUGCUGCCACAGUUGGUUUUCCUGUGCCAUGCCUGCCCUCCUUCCCCGAUGACUUAUCCGAGCAGAUAACAAGCAACUCUACUGCUUUGUACCAUGCUUCCAUUGAUUUUGGCAAUAUGACACAAGUUUACCCCGCCGGCGUCCUCCGCCCGGCCUCCGACGUUGACAUAGCGAAACUCAUUAGCUACUAUUACCAAUCUUCUUGCCCUGUCCGGGUAUCAGCCAGGGGACAUGGACACUCCAUACACGGCCAGGCGCAGGCGGCCAACGGCGUGGUCGUGGAGAUGAGGUCCUUGCAUGACAGCAAAAAUAGUAGUAUCUUUGUUUCCUGCCGUGAUGGUAGCCAUGGCAGUGACUGCUAUGUGGAUGUGGGGGGCGGGCAACUGUGGAUAGAAGUGCUGCUUGCCACCACCAAGCACGGGCUCGCGCCGAGGACCUGGACCGACUAUUUGUACCUCACAGUUGGCGGGACUCUCUCUAAUGCAGGAGUCAGUGGCCAAGCAUUCCGUCGUGGUCCUCAGAUCAGUAAUGUGCUCGAAAUGGACGUCGUCAAUGGAAAGGGGGAGAUCUUGACGUGCUCACCAAACCAGAAUUCCGACUUGUUUUAUGGAGUUCUUGGAGGGCUUGGGCAAUUUGGUAUCAUAACGAGAGCGAGAAUUACUCUUGAGAAGGCUCCGGAAAUGGUGAGAUGGCUGAGGAUGGGAUACACCAAUUUUACUGAGUUCUCGAAGGACCAAGAAUAUCUUAUAUCCCUAACUCGCGAGGAAGACGGUGGAUUCGACUAUGUCGAGGGGGCGAUCGUGAUGGGUGCAAAUGGCUGCAACAGUAACUCUAACGGCAACAACUGGAGAUUAUCUCCAUUUAAAGACUUCCCUCAAUUCGAAGCAACUGAAGACACGAUCUUCUACUGCUUAGAGGCCGGCAAGUACUACAUGAAUUCAACCGACCAAAAUCUUGUAGAUGAGGAGGUGAAGCGACUGACCAGCGAGCUGCACUAUAUACCAGGGAUGUUGGGCAGCAAGGACGUGACCUAUAUAGAUUUCUUGGACAGGGUUCACCAGGGUGAGCUGAAGCUCAGGUCACAGGGCCUGUGGAUCGUUCCACACCCAUGGCUCUGCUUGUUCGUGCCUUCUUCCAGGAUCUUGGAGUUCCACGAUGUGGUUUUCAAGGGAAUACUGUCUCGGAACACUUCCGGGCCGUUGCUCUCCUACCCAUUGAACAGAAACAAGUGGGAUCAGAGGAUGUCUGCUGUAGUGCCGACAGAGGAGGUGUUUUACUCGGUGUGCUUGCUGAGAUCUGCAGUGGACGACUGGGAAUUCUACGAAGAACAGAACAGGCAGAUUCUGAGAGCAUGUGACGAGAGGAAGAUUGAGGUGAAGAUGUACCUCCCCCACUACACGGAGGAAAGAGAGUGGAAGAGACACUAUGGUGAAGAAAGGUGGGCCAUUUUGUUGGAGAGGAAAGCUAAGUAUGAUCCCAGAGGCAUCUUGGCCACUGGUCAGAAGAUCUUCCCUUUCCCACUCCCGUCUUCGAUCUUUCAAAAUUCUACAGUUCUCAACUAGUAGUCUAUCUUUUUC